GCUUUAAAAACAGAGGGGUUUGUUUGCACACAUUUACAAAUACAUGCGUAAGCCACAGUCCCACAUCAAGGGUCCUCUGUAGCCCAAUGUCACUAUCAAAAGUAUUCACCAACAUAGAUAUACAUCAAGCUCCAAGCCAGGGGCGGACUGACCAUUUGGAAACUCGGGGACUGCCCGGGGUCAUGGGGUCAGUAGGGGGCCCCAUAGAUGCCCCUGGUACCUUUUUCAAAGGCUUUUUUGAGUUUGGGCAAGGACACAGGUGCCCCAUGAUCCCCUAUUGCCCAGGGGCCCCAUGAGUUGUCAGUCCACCCCUGCUCCAAGCAUUGCAGAGUUCAAAUCUGUCGCUUACCUAGCAUAUAAACUCGGUGUUAAAUAGACCAGAACCAUCGCUGGCAGCCAGGGCCAUAGGAUGUCAGCCA